AUGUCCGAUUCUCCGCCGCCCCCGACGUCCUGGAGUCUCGCGUCUAUGGCCAACAAUGCGGUCCAGUUUCUUCGGUUGCCGGUGCUAGCUUCGUCCGGCCUUGCGGUGGUUGCUAGUGGUCUGUUAUAUUUCAAGCAAAAUGAGCUGAUCUACCCGCGCAAUGUGCCUGUCGACGCUCGUACUAAUAUACCUAGUCCCCGUCAAUUUGGCAUCACGGAUUAUGAAGAUCUACAGAUUCCUACACCGGAUGGGGAAUCGUUACAUGCUUUGUUUAUCCGGCCAUCGAACAAGCGUCUGGCGCAGGACGUCACCGUGUUGAUGUUUCACGGGAACGCUGGCAAUAUCGGUCAUCGUAUUCCUAUUGCUAAGAUUAUGCAGGAGGUGGUUGGCUGUAACGUGUUGAUGCUGGAGUAUCGUGGCUAUGGGCUGUCGACAGGUGUCCCGGACGAAACAGGGCUCAAGGUCGACGCUCAGACAGGUCUUGAUUAUAUCCGCCAACGCGCAGAGACCAUGUAUACGAAGAUCUUGAUCUAUGGACAGAGUCUGGGUGGUGCAGUGGCUAUCAACUUGGUUGCGGACAACCAGGAAAGCGGAGAUAUUGCAGGGUUGAUCUUGGAGAACACCUUUUUGAGUAUCCGGAAGUUAAUUCCAACGGUGUUCCCUCCCGCGCGAUAUCUCGCUCGACUUUGUCACCAACACUGGACUAGUGAAGAAGUUCUGCCUGAGAUCACCGAUGUACCGAUACUGUUCCUAAGCGGUUUGAAAGACGAGCUGGUUCCCCCUUCGAAUAUGACUCAACUUUAUGCUGUCUGCAACUCGAAUCGCAAAUUCUGGCGCACUCUUCCCAACGGUGGCCACAACGAUAGUGUUGCCGAACCAGGCUAUUUCGAACAUAUCCUCGAAUUUGUUAAGGAAGAAGUAACUUCGAAUGGAAAAUAA